AUCGCCUCCUCGAUCCUGUGGUCUCUCCUCAAGCGAUCGCCGAUCCGAUUUGCCGGCCGCCGUGGUGAGGACUGGUGUGGUUGCUCGGGCAAUGGCAACGGUUGCACUUGUGCUGGCGGCGCUGCUUCUCGUGCCGGCAGGCGCUGAGCUGACGCGGGUGGAGCACGCACCCAAGGCCGAGGGGUCGCUCGCCAUCCUUGCCGUCGGCGACUGGGGGCGGCGUGGGCAGUUCAACCAGACCCUGGUUGCCGAGCAGAUGGGAGUGGUAGGGGAGAAGCUGGAUAUCGACUUCGUCAUCUCCACCGGUGACAAUAUCUAUGACGAUGGCAUCGCCAACACCAGCGACCCGCUCUUCAAGGAGUCCUUCAGCAACAUCUACACCGCCCAGAGCCUCCAGACGCCUUGGUACAUCGUCCUUGGCAACCAUGACUACACAGGCAACGCGCUGGCGCAGCAAGACGCUGCCAUUCGCGAAGUGGACAGCCGGUACCUCUCUAUUGCGAAGUCCUUCAUCGUCAAUUCAGAAAUCGCGGACUUCUUCCUUGUUGACACGACGCCGUUUUACCUUAAGUACUGGAACAGCACCAAGUACGAUUGGAGAGAGGUUUCUCCUCGCGACACCUACAUCGAAAAUCUCCUCAAGGAUCUGGACGACGCAUUGACUCAAUCCGAGGCGGCCUGGAAGAUCGUCGUCGGUCACCACCCGAUCAGCAGUGGCUGCGAGCACGGAAACACCACUGAGCUCGAGCAAUUACUUCGACCAGUCCUCGAGGCGCACGAGGUUGACAUGUACGUGAACGGCCAUGACCACUGCCUGCAGCGCAUCAGCAGCAGAGACAGCCCUCUUGAGUUUCUGACAAGUGGCGGCGGGUCCAAGGCGUGGGCGGGAAAGUUCAAGGCCACCUCUGACAAGGUGGAGUUCCUCUACGACGGGCAGGGGUUCAUGUCGAUUCAGCUCAGCAAGACGGAGGCGCACUUCGCCUUCUACGAUGUCGCCGGCAGCGUUCUGCACAGCUGGGACGUCACCAAGACUGCAGAAGCUAGGUACUAGCUAGCUGGCCUAGCUUCUAGCAUUAUUUGCAGGCAGCAGACUGAGUUAAUUAAUCAGGGGAUUAUUAAUUGUUUAAUUUGUGUCAACUGGCCGGAAGCAGUUGUUGUUAUUUUGUGCGUUGUUGUUUCAUAGUAUGUUGAAGCAACUUUCCGAUUAAAUUUAGCCAAUUUGUACGAAUAAACAAUGUUACUUUAA